CUGACCUUCGACUCAGAGCCAUCUGGAGACGGACAUUUCGGUCAAACACGUUGCUCUCUAACAGCGUUGUCUCCUCCCCACCGAUCAGUCAUUCCCGUCCGUAAAAGCGGGUGAGGUCAUCAAUCCAAACUAAGCUUGCUUGACAAAACGACAUCCGAUCUGCGCAAUCGAAGGUCGGGCUCGAGGCGAGGCGUCUCGUGCCUCCCAGGAUCGAUCUGGUUUUCGCCGACGAUGGGACAGUGAUUGGAAGGAGCCAGCCAGACGCCGGUCCCUGCAAGAUGAUCCUCUCAGAUUCGAAACCACAGGACCCUCGCGUUUGUCGUCACGGCCCCCGGGAUGGGGUCAUGUUACCGGAGAAUAUGCCUGUAACACCGUGCAGCGGGUAGUCUCCGUCGAAGCUCAUCGAGAUGACCAUUUCGGGAGUGCCCGAUAAAAUGAAUCCAUGCCGCACGUCGAGCUACGCAAGUGACGACAAGUCAAGAUCUGAAGCUCGGCACCGACCUGUUAAACAUUUCUUUUGCCCUCGGAAUCUCUGGAUCCGUUUGCAAAAUGCUUCCAAAUGAGGCACGAACAGAUCGAACCUUCCCGAGCUGGCUGGAUCGCAGAGGGUGGCUUCGACGCGGGAAAUGAUCUCUUUUUCGGAGUCGGAGGUCCAGUCAGCAAGGUAUAAAAAAUGACUGGCAUCCCCCACAACUCGCCGCCAAACUUCUCGCAGACGGCGGUCGAGCGCUAUCCCAGCUUGACUGUUGCUCUGGGGAACCAUUAUCCUGCAAUGCAGUCCGACAGCGAACAACGGCCCGACGGACCACCCGGCUCAGCGUCCCCUGGCCCUAGUAGACCGGAAGGCACUGUGCAAUCAUUCCCGUGUACUCACCCAGGCUGUUCAAAAUCAUUCAACGUCAGAGCGAAUAUGCUCCGUCACAAGACCAAUGCUCACGGCGCGAUGCGAAAGAGCCUCAACGAAGCGAGCGAGACAUAUGUCGUCGCCUUUGACUCCCCGGUGACGGCUCCUCCUGUUCGCUCCGAUUUAACAAUUCCCACCGAGAUCAUCUGGGAUGCCGACGGCCCCUUUGCCCGACGGCAAACGCCUGAAGGCGAGAUCGAACUGGACAAAGUGAACCUCGAGAAAGCGCCCAUCACGGGUCGACGGCGGUUCAUGGCCGCUAGCGAAGCAGAAGAGGACUUUCUCCGCAAAGUGGUUAUGGAGGAGACCUUGGAGGCAUACAAGGACCAGAUACUUCCCUACGACCACCCGCUUUCCCAGCUCGUCCGUCGCAUAACGCGUCGCAUCAUCACCGCCUCCGACCUGGGUCACCUCAAGGGCGAGUCGCCUACCGGCGCAAAUGUAUCAUGGGCGCAGGAUGGCACAGAGAUUCCACAAACUGAAACGAUGCACCCCGAGAAAGAAUGGACGGUGCUCGUGGUGAACGAUCGAACCUUCGUCAACGCGUUUGCUGCCCCCGGGCUGGUAUGUGUUUCGACUGGAAUCAUGCCUGUCGCCAAAGACGAGGAAGGCUUGGCUGCCAUCGUUGGUCACGAGAUCGGGCACGUCGCAAUGCGUCAUUCCGCUGAACAUCUCUCCCAGAUGAAGUUGAUGCUCCCUGUGAUCGGCCUAAUGUGGAUUGCCGGGCUGGGUGUCAUUUCCUCGUCGUUUCUGGCCGAAUAUCUCUAUUCGUUGCCUCAUUCCCGGGCGCUUGAGACAGAAGCUGACAUCGUUGGGCUGCAACUCAUGGCCAGAGCUUGUUAUAAUCCCGGAGCUUCCCCGAGAGUCUUCGAGGACCUGGGCAAACUAGAGCACGGACGACCCAAGUUUCUCAGCACUCAUCCUCCUACUCCCGAACGAAUCGCGAAACUGAAGACACUGCUCUCCGAUGCGUAUUCCAUCUACAACAGUAAUCCUGAAUGCGCCAGAUUGGAGGAGAUGCGAUCUCGGGGAUAUAUCGAAAGAAAGAAAUUAUACCUCGAUGCAUAGCGUGUAAACACGCUAUCUGUAGCGCUCCUUGUCCUGCUCAUCACCUUAUCCUGCAAACAAUCUAG